AAAUGCUUUGCGUAGUGUUUUUAUAUCUAGACAGAUACGUAAUUCUUAAAGAGUUAUUUUGUCAUCAAAUAAAUAAAUCUUUACAAAUUACUUAUUGGUGUUUUGGAAAUUUUGAAGUUGGAAUUAUAUAUAACCCACCAUACAUAUGACUGUUAGGACCUACAGCAGCACUGGUCAUUUCUGUCCCUCUGUGUUUAUGUUUCCUUAAAUUGAUGCUUAUUGUCACCUCCAAGACCUAUUUCUUUUUUUUUUUCCCAAGACCUAUUUCUUAAGUUAGCAGUGUAAGUAAGUUAUACAACCUCAGUUACAUAAAUAAUUUUAAGAAGUUGAGAAACUAUAGGGAAAAAAUUCCUACCAGAUUUCAUUAGUAUGAGUAUUCAAAACCUUUUAAAUUACUAUGUUCUUAAUGAGUUUUUAAAUCUUUUUUAUACUUUAUAGAGACUGUCCUUAAAUAAUGACAUAUUUGAGGCAAACUCUGAUAGUGAUCAACAGAGUGAGACUAAAGAAGAUACUUCUCCAAAGAAGAAAAAGAAAAAACUAAGGCAUAAGGAAGAGAAAAGCCCCGACGACCUGAAAAAGAAGAAAGCAAAGACUGGGAAACUGAAAGACAAGCCCAAACCAGACCUGGAGAGCUCCUCUGAAAGUUUGGGUUUUGAUAUAAGGACAAAGAAAAGAAUUUUGGAAGCCAAAGAAGAAUUAAAGGAAUCCAAAAAGCCCAAAAAAGAUGAUAUAAAAGAAACUAAGGAGUUAAAGAAAGUUAAAAAGGGUGAAAUGAGAGAUUUAAAGACUAAAAUAAGAGACGAUUCCAAAGAAAUUAGAAAAACAAAAAAAGAGAAAUGUGUUGAAUCUCAGGUGGACUCUGAACCUGGUGUACUUAGUGAUUCCCCCCUUCAGGAAGAGGACUGUGAAGAUUUACAGGUUGACAACAGAGAGGAAAAGCAGAAGUUUAGAGGUGCUAAAGAUAAAGCUGAGCAAGAAGCCAGUCUAGAUGCUGCUUCUGAUAUACAGCAGGAUGGCAGUGUAAGUGCUGAUGAGGACGAGGUCAAAGCAAGGAGGAAAAAAAAGAAACCAAGAAGGACAGAGGAACUUAAAGAGAGCAAAAAGCUAGAAAACAAGAACCUCUUCUUAGAGAAGAAAACUACACAGAAAAAGCAAAGGAAUCAAGACAAAGGCCAAAGCAGCACAGAGUUGGAUAAGCCAGUGCCUGCCUCUGCCGUGACACCGCCAAAGAUGUCCAGGCCCACCGACUCCCCGGGAGAGGAGAGAGAGACCAAAAAAUGCGAACCCAAAGAAAAAUACCAGAAAAGGCAAGAAUUGGACAAGGAAGAAAAAGGCCGAAAAGAGCCCAAGGCAUUAAAGACAUUUAAGGAAAUCAGAAAUGCAUUUGAUUUGUUUAAAUUAACUCCAGAAGAAAAAAAUGAUUUUCCUGAGAAUAAUCGGAAAAGAGAUGAAAUACCACCAGACUGUAAAGUCACAGAAGACCACAAAACCAAGGAAAACAAGCCAUUACUUAAAGAAAGAAGAAAUACAAGAGAUGAGACUGACACGUGGGCAUAUAUAGCUGCAGAAGGUGACCAAGAAAUUCUGGACGGCGUGAGCCGAGCAGAGGAGAGUCCUGAUGGCAGACAGCAGGUUCUGAGUCUGGGCAUGGAUCUGCAGCUGGAGUGGAUGAGACUGGAGGACUUCCAGAAGCAUCUUGAUGGAGAAGAUGAGAAUGUUACUACAGCAGAUGUGAUUCCAAGCAAUUUAUUGAGGGAUGCUGUGAAAAAUGGGGAUUAUAUUACUGUGAAGGUUGCUCUUAACUCAAGUGAAGAAUAUAACCUGGACCAAGAGGAUUCGAGCGGGAUGACACUGGUGAUGCUCGCGGCUGCAGGAGGGCAGGACGACCUGCUAAGGCUGCUCCUCAGGAAGGGGGCGAAGGUGAAUGGUCGGCAGAAGAAUGGGACUACGGCACUCAUCCACGCCGCCGAGAAGAACUUUUUAACUACCGUGGCUAUUCUUUUGGAAGCAGGAGCUUUUGUAAACGUCCAGCAGAACAAUGGUGAGACGGCGCUAAUGAAGGCUUGUAAAAGAGGAAACUCAGACAUCGUCCGGCUGGUCAUUGAAUGUGGAGCUGACUGCAACAUUCUGUCAAAGCACCAGAACAGUGCACUGCAUUUUGCAAAGCAGUGCAACAACGUGCUGGUGUACGACCUGCUGAAGAGCCACUUAGAGACACUUUCGAGAGUCGCUGAAGAAACUAUCAAGGAUUACUUUGAAGCACGUCUUGUGCUACUGGAGCCAGUCUUCCCAAUAGCAUGCCAUCGCCUCUGUGAGGGGCCAGAUUUCUCAAUGGAUUUCAAUUACAGACCCCCACAGACUAUACCAGAAGGCUCUGGCAUCCUGCUGUUUAUCUUCCAUGCAAACUUUCUGGGUAAAGAGGUCAUUGCUCGCCUCUGUGGACCAUGUAGUGUACAAGCUGUUGUUUUAAAUGAUAAAUUUCAACUUCCUGUUUUUCUGGACAGUCAUUUUGUUUACUCAUUCAGCCCUGUGGCAGGCCUCAAUAAAAUGUUCAUAAGGCUGACGGAAGCACCUUCUGCUAAGGUUAAGUUGCUAAUAGGUGCAUACAGAGUACAGCUACAGUGACCAGAAAGAAUUGGAAGAAUUACUCUUAAGACCUAUUUCUAAAUACUCUGUGAAGCAGUUUGGAAUUCUGGCACAGCUAACAUUUCCAAAUUUAAAGUUUCUUCUGUAAGCCUCUUGCACUGAAGGCCAGUCAUCUGUUACAGUCUGUUAAGAUGGGACACAGUGGGUCUAACAUAAAACACAGAUGUAAGUAUUUGUGCAAGUGUUCUGAAAUCUCAAUGUUGUGUCCAGACUAUGAUUUUCCACAAUGUGGAAGGGUACAUACGAGGAUUAUUUAAGGAAAUUAAAACUUUUUUUUUUUUAACUUGAAAAUUUUUUUACUAGCUCUACUGAAUUUUUGUGUUAAAAAAGCCCAGCAGGAAUGUUACAUUAAGUUACCAGGCACUAAGAUAAGGUAUGAGUUUGUAGCCCUCAAAGUAGGGCGAAUGUAAAGAAGACUGAAGGAAGGUUUGACCUUUCCAACAAGCUGUUGACAUAGAUCCUGAGUGAGUGAGAGCUUUUGUGUAUCUGCAGUUACCCUUUAUUGUUUGCAAAGAAAAUAAACCAGAAUCUGAGAUAUAGCAGAAAAAAACAAACUGAGGCAUAAAAGGUGAUAAUUACAUGUGAACUGUAUCCUUGUUCAUGAACUCUAGUCAUCAGAUAGUCUGUGCUUAUUCUGAAUGCUGGGAAGGCCAGCCCCACUGUGCCUCCUGUCAAGUGACUUCCCACAGGUCUAAUGCUUCCAUUCUUUCAAGAAAUAUUUGACAGACUAAUAAACCAAGGUGUCCGGAUUAUAGAAAUGUAUAAAAUCAUUAAGUUUGAUUGGUUUUAUAAUUGAGUUAAAUUUUAAUGAAAAAUUUUCAGAAAUGUCACAUAUGUCCUCUCUCAGCAUCCACAGGGGACUGGGUUCCAGAAUCCCAAUGCUCAAGUCCUUUAUAUGAAAUGGUGUAUCUGCAUUUAACCCCUUUGAGUCCCACCUUUUACUUUUAAUCAUCUCUGGACUAACAGUACCUAAAACAAAGUAAAUGCUAGGUAUUAAUAUUAAUUCUAUGUAGGGGGUUCCUGGUGUGCUUUUGGGUAACUUUUUUGUGCCCUAGAUGCAGACAGAACCUGUGGAUAGUUAGAGCAAACCACAUACACUGUAUAGACAUUUCAGGGUUAAACUGACUUUUCCUACAGUGUCCUCAAUAAAAUACAAUGUUUUCUAUUUUCUAUCUCAAGUCUCAGGACUUCAGCAAAAAGGUGAUGUGAAAUGUGUUUGGUUUAGCAAUAGCAAUACCUGCGUUAGACUUCAACUGUAUUGGAUCCUAUACUCCUCUGCAUCUGACUUCACAGCUGCAAGAUUUGUGUCAGCAGCAGUGCACUUUGUCCAGGAUUGUAAGAGGAGUUUUUAAAGAACAUUCCUGUUAUCUUAAGAGCACACCUUUACAAGCGCAAGCGCACUGGGAAUAUAACCACUUAUAGAGCCAUGCAGGUUAACCUAAGCACAUGUGCCCUUGGGUGGGGAAAUUAUGACCCUUGUGGCUUAAGGAUGAUGAGGUCUUGAAACUCCCAUCUGACAAGGCAGCUGAUCAGAUCACAUCCUUCAGUUUAAUACUGGCAUAUGUGUGUAUAAUGAUUGCUCUGAAAAACCCAAUUCUCAAGCAGUACCUUAUCAAAGGUUUGCAGAUUUGCUGCUACUACUAUGAGUAGAAACCAAAGCCAUCUCAAACCCCAUAACUACAACUGAGCUUCAUCCUAGGGCCACAGGAGAUCUCAGCUACAAACAGGAUUGCACUGCUCAUUAUCCAGACUCACUGAAGACCAAUUAGUACACAUUUUUCUUCUUCAGUUUUCUCCUAACUCUAAAAACCAUGACCCCUCAGCAAUUACUACUUUCCAGUGUGCAUACUGAGGUACGGACAUAAUGCAGAAUUGGGUUGUCAACUUAACUUACCAGAGACCUGGUCAACUCUCAUGAAUGUGGCUGCAAAAGAAAGCACAUUAUAUACAUCCUUGUUAACGGUACGCAGCACCAAAGAGAAGUACCUAACAUACCUACGAAUAAAUGCUGAAGUAUAGUUGGAUGGGGAGUUACUGUCGACAUUCUCAUCUGAACUCCUAGAAUUUCUUCAGUGGAAUGUCAGGAAGUUUGCAUUUGAAUCUCAAGUGCUACUUUUAAAAUUCUACUUGGAACUGUUAAACUUCCAGAGUUGUCACAUGAGAAUUUACUAGUUUAUUUAGUAGUAAGACUUUAGCAUACAGAAAGCUGACAGACUUUAGAGCGUUUUAUGAUUAAUUAAUGCCUUAUAACAACAGUAGGACACAGAUAAUAACAAAAAGUGAUUUAUAAAAUAAGAAUUCAGAGAAAUUUGAGACUUGCCUGGCAGUCCAGUGGUUAAGACUCCAUGCUUCCAAUGCAGGGGGUGCAGGUUCAAUCCCCAAUCAGGGAAUUAAGGUCCCACAUGGCCAAAUAUAUAAUUUUUAAAGUCUUUGAGAAUUUAGAAAAUUCAUGAAUGUAGUAAAAUCUGUUUCACAGCAUAAUACAGUACAAAGCCUUUUAAGUUACUUUGAAAAACACUGCUAGGUAAGCUCAGGCCACUGAGGGCGUCCACACCACUUCCCUCUGCCGACCUGUAGGUGAUGAAGCUCUUUUCCAGCCAAACCUGGCGUUUCCAGGCCUGACUUCUCCCAACUGGUACAGAAGAGAUUUACUCAUGGGCUGGAAAAUGGUAAUAACAUUGGUGAGGUCCACAAUUCACUCAAGUCAUACUCACCCUGAGUUCCCCAAGAACCACCCUCCCUCCUGUCUGCUAUCAGUUUUUGUGGAAAAAGCUGAAGCUCUACCACGGUCUCUGUCUUGAUUCAUGUCUCACCACUUGCUUCCCUUGGGCCAAGAUACAUGCUGAUAAAAACAGGAUUCUUCUCACUUGAACAAAGACAAAUUUAUAAGUAGUUCCUUUGUGAUGGGGACUAACCCAAAACUGUUAGGUUAGUUGGAGUAUUUUUUUUUUUAACCUACAAUUUCUAGUUCCACGGGGUGGGUCUGUGGUAGUCCGUCAGUGUACCAGGGGAAGGUAUACAAUUGAGGAAAACAAACCUGGAUAAAGUGUCAUGACUGCUCAUCUAUCCACAGGUUGUUUAUAAUGGAGUGGUAAUAAAUUGAAAAAUAAAACAAGAUUCUUCUGG